AUGGAUAUUGCAAUUGCUCAGGAGGCCUCAGGGUCCGGACAGAAGUAUGAGUGUAGCUGGUGCCACAAAACAUUCAAUAGACCUAGCAGCUUAGCGGUACGUCUAUAUGCUAACAUUCACACAGGUGAAAAGCCAUUCGUGUGUAACGCUCCUGGUUGUGGUCGCAGCUUUUCGGUCCUCUCCAAUAUGCGCCGCCACGCGAGAACCCAUGACUCUUCGUCAAGCCGCGGCAAGAGACGAUCCAAAGCUUCUCACAUGCGGAAAGAAGGGGACCCCGAGGCAGACGGCGAAGGCGGAGAAGAUGAAGACCCGAACAGUGGCGGAAGGGCCGUGGCAGAUAUACAAGACGCUGAUAGCGCAGAUUCGACUAGGACAUCCAGGAUGACUGACACCAGAAGUGACAGACGGUCUCGCUUUCCUUCGUCGUCGCAAGCAUCGUCCACCACUAUGGCGACCACCUCUGAGCUUGAACUGGAGUGGGCUGCGGAUGAAGCCAGGGCGAGCCACACCGCUCGUGAGCGCCACCACUUCAGGGACCGCGAUCGCCGUCCUUCGCCGAUUUUCACUUCUUCUGAAGAUGAGCUUGACACUGAAACCGAAGGAAAGCAGCUAUCUCGCGCUUGA